AUGAAUCGUCGACGAUCCGCUCGUUUGGCCAAGCCGGAGUACAAUAAAAAGCCAACCCCGCCUCCGGGGCCUCCACAGAAGUCCAGAAAGUACAGCAAACGUGCUAGUUCAACUUCAGGAUCCACCGACGAUUCUUCACCACGUAAGAAGGCUUUGGUUUUUACGCUAAAAUAAGCUUUUUCCGAUUUGAGCUUAUUUUUUGUCAAGUAUAAGAUAAGCUUGAGCUUUAUCCUCCAAAUAGUUAUAAAAAUGUGUUUGUUUUAGCUAAACAGAGCCGGUCCACUCGGUUGGUGACUCCAGAAGGUCCCGAACAAACAGUGGGGGAGUAUGUUUUUGGCGUGUUAUCUGGUCAAAUAUCCGAAGAUCCUGAGGUCGUAAUCCGGUCGUCUUCGUUUGAAAAGCGCAAAUCUACCGAGCGUAUGUUUUUUCUUACCAUUUUUUUUGAGUUUUAGGCGUUCUUACUCAGAAUUUGACGAGUUCUAGCAAUUUUUUGACAUUAUACUAGACUUUCCCCGGAAAAGUUUGAUUUUGAUACCGGAAGUCAUAUUUAUGGAGGGAAUCAGAUGUUUAGAGGCACUGUGGCACUUGAAGCUAAAUUAUUUUGCUUUUUUCAGGUGUUCCGCCUUCAGAAAAGACCCGUCGAUCUUGUGCUAAAGCAGGUAUCGACAAGGUCCAAGAAAAGCCGCCAGAAGAGGUGGACAAGCUCUUGAAGGAGAUGGUUGGUGCAACUCAUGGAAUCUACUACACCUCGCAUCUUCCCGAUCUCAAACCCGGCGAGAACAACGACGAAGAUCUUGUUGAAGUUGCCCGAUGGGUGAAAACCAAUGCAAAAUCUCUGGACAAACUGAAUGUCGCUGCGGAAAAGCUUAGUUAUGCGGCUCGAGCGGGCUUGCCUCGGGAUAUUCAACGGGUGCAGAAGGAAGCGGACGAACUUGAGAUGUACGCGCAACGUCUUCUACACAAACAACAGAAAAAAGCGAAUGGAGAAAAAAUUCCGAAAAAGAGGUACGAUCCGGUGCUGCAUAGUACGGACACGUAUGGAAUAUAUCACUUGGCCAAUAGACGGGAUCCGUGAGUUUUUUAAUAUUUUUUGUUUGAUUUUUAGGAAAGAAGACCUUGUAGUAGGCAGUCGACUUUAAUUGGUCAAAAAAGAACUUGGGAUUGUCUGGAUUCCUAUUCGAUCAGGGUUAAUAUGACCUUUAGUGUCUAUAUUUUGUAGACAGCCCAAAAUUUUUAGUGCUAUAUCUGUAGUACAUCAAAUUUUAUAUUGUUUUAGACAUCAGAUAUCAAAAAUUUGACGAAAUUAUUGUUUGGUAUGGUUUUAAUCCCAAACCUUUCCAGAGACUUUGCUGAUUCUGAAUUUGAGACGGUAGAACCCCCGCACAACUGUCAGAUGGUUGAUUUCCUCCGACAAUCCCUUCUUCGAAUGGAAAACCAGCUCAAACUUCAAUGGGAAACGCUGGACAAAUACAAAAAAGAAAUGGAGAACAAGGACAAGAUCUUGGAGACCAGGGAAAAGGCCAUCCAAGACAUGGCCUUCCGAAUCCGUGUAGCUGAAGGAGAUUCAGAUGACACCCCAUCUUACAGUAGUGGAGGUGUUCAAGUUGUACACAGUCAUUUCUCGGUCCCAUAUUCCCAAGCCAGCGUGGAGAGCGGAGUGAAACAACAGGAACGCCUGAAGAGCGCCAUGAAGAUUUGUUUCCCGAAUAGCAAACCCAAGGACAUCAAGAAGUUGAUCACCGACACUUUUCCGGAGUACUUUUCACUCGGAAAAGGAUGA